AUGCAGGUGAGGCGAACAGAUAAGAUCAAAUGGGAAGCCAAAUUUCAUGGUAUCGAGGAGUACAUGGUUCAUGCUGAAGAAUUCUACGAGAAAUUAGAAAAGAAACGAGGGGAAUCAAGAGGUGUGAGAAGAAUCUUCUUAGCAACAGACGAGGUUAAUCUUCUUGAUGAAGCCAAGAAAAAAUAUCCUGGUUAUGUGUUUGUGAGUGACAACAAGAUAUCUCAGUCAGCAAACCUUGCAUCAAGAUCAUCAGAGGACUCUCUGAAGGGAGUCAUCGUUGACCUACAUCUAUUAGCUCGUUCUGAUUUUCUUGUUUGCACGUUCACUUCCAAUAUUUGCCGACUGGCUUACGAGGUGAUGCAACAUUACCACGUUGAUGCUUCCAGCAAGGUCCGAUCUGUUGAUUGUGGAUACCACUGGCAUGGACAAAACCAUAAUAGCUCGGGCAAAUCAGCCAAGAUGCCGGAAUAUGAAGCGGCUGAGAACAUUCACUUGUAACCAUGAAUCUCAUCUUCCUUUCAUUGCCGGUCCUUAAUUUAUAAAUUAACCUUAUUGUUAUAAUUAUGAUUAUCAACAAUUUAUUUAAAUGACAUUUGUAUUUCAUUUUGCAUGAAGUUAGAUAUGAAUUUUGCAUUUAAAGAUAAUGAAGUAAUGGGUAGUUAUAUAAACAUGACUACCAAAAAAAAAUGUUUGAUUAUGGGUGAAUCAUAGGUGAAAAUGUCGUGUGUCGAACGGGACUCAGAACGGGACUAAACAAAUUCACCCAUUUAAAGCAUAUUUUGUUGUAAAAAAAUUGAAUUUCAUCGUUUGUUUGGACAGUAGGUUGGUAAAUGUUGCGAAAAAGGACGAUUUUCCUUGUAUGGAAUCGCCCUAUACUUAUCAGUGUUGUAGUCAAGGCUCAAAACUCCAAGACCAAGGCUUCAAUACCCAAGGUCAAGGCAAAGGCCAAGGCCUGAAAACCUCAAGGCCAAGGCUAAGGCAUUUCAAACUUUCGAUGUAUGUGACAAAUAUGAGCCAACAAUGCUAAAGACGGCAGACAUGGCACACAGGGCAAAAUGUAUAAAAGGUUUGAGCGAGCAAAAAUUUUGACCCUACGUACAUGUAAACGAAAAUGAUUUCAUGAUAAAGUUAGACAUACCGGUAAUAUUAAAAUAAUGAUGUAUUUACGUUUGUACAUUUUUUUCUAGGUGAUUUACAUUACAACGAGUAUUAUUACCACGGUCAUCUGAUCCUGACAUGCCCAUUCUCAACGUAUGUCUUUCUCUCCUCCCUGGGACAGGGGCGGCAGAAUGUAUUUUUGUUUGGGGGGGGGGGGUCAAAGCCAAAAAGGGCACUUAUAUGUCAAAUUGGGCAUUUUGGUGCAAACAUAUAUUUUCAAGAUGAGAUUAUCAAUCGCGUGAAGUAAUUGUGUGGUUUGUAGAAAUUAAGUUGAGCAAAGCCUUUUUAAAGUGAUUUAUAAUAGACAAAAUAUUUAUUUUGAUUUAGGCUUUACUUUUCUGCGAGAAAGCGUAACGAGUAAGCGGUUUUGAAAAAAAUCUAUUCUGAAGUUGUAAAACUAGAUUUUUGGUCAAUUAUGGCGCUAUAAUCACUAUUAAAAGGGCAUCCUUGCGAGAUUUCGCCAGCCCGAAUCACGAGCUCAAAUUUCUUGACAGAUGGUAUCAAGACAUGAAAAAUUAAAUAUUCCGAGCUGUUUUUGUAUUAAAAAAAUGGGUAACUACCUAAAGAAUUAACGCGAGCGCGAGGCGCGACCUAAAAUGUUUAAUAUACUGACCAGACAAGGUAGCUGUUAAGGACUGUAUUUAGUGACUCAUAAAUGGGAUACAUAACUCACCAAUCAAAUAAUGCUAGCUCAAAACUUUGUGACACUUCAACCUGAAAAAUUGACAUUCUAAGCAUUUAUUUGUAAACGGAAACAGAAUGAAUACCUUUACCGAACACUACUUGAUGCGAAAGUGCAGAACGCGAGCCAAAAAUUUGUGAUAUUCCAACCUGAAAACUAGACAUUCUAAACAUUUUUGUAACCAUGAACAGGAUUAGUACCGUAUUUAACAAUAAUUGAUGCGAGCGCGAUUCAAAAUUUGAUGAUUUUCGAACCUAAAAUGUAUCAUGUUUUACUAUAAAAAAUAAAAAGGGCAUUCAUUUGGGAAAUAAGGGCAUUUUCGAUUUUGGAAAAGGGGCUUUUUUCCUACAUGUAAUUUUUGUCGGGGAGGGGAAAGAGAGCAAAAAGUGCAAGUUGAAAUUUUCAAAUACUGACCUUAAAAUGAGUCAUUUUGAAAUAACGGUGCGCACCGCAAUACCCUUAGUUGGGGGAGGGCAAAUCUUUAUUAUUUCUUGAAACAGUAAAAUUUAGUUCUCUAUUAAACCAUAUUAACAC